AUGUCAACAGAAGAAAAGCUACACCAGUUGAAAAUGAAUGGCUAUUGUGUUCUUGAGGGGAUCAUCCCGGAUGACAAAAUUGAUGAGGUCCGAGAGAGUGUGGUAGCAGCGCAAGCGGCACACCACAAAAAAGCAGAAGCAGAACUCGCAAAAACGAGGUCGCGGGGGCACCGUGUGGGCGUUCAGGGCGUUGCAAAUUUGAGAGGAAUCAUCAACGAAACCCAGACCUUCGCCCCGUACUUGGCAGAUGAGCGGAUUAUGGUGCUCACUGAGGUGCUGUUCGGACCGUAUGUGCGAAUUUCCUGCACCGAUUGUGUGAUCAACUAUCCGGGGAAUGAGCGAGGCUAUUGGCAUUCGGAUUGGCCCUACAAUCAGACCAAUGCAACGCACAUCCCCGCUCCGUAUCCGGACACAAUCAUGCACCUCUCAACGAUUUGGAUGCUUACUCCAUUUGGACCCGAAACGGGUGGCACCUAUAUCAUCCCCGGAAGCCAUAGAACCGACGACAAUCCUUCCGCAGCAGGGAUAGCGGGAAUCGAUCCCGAUGCUCCAUAUCCAACUGAAACACAGGUUUCGGGUCCCGCAGGUAGCGUACUACUCUACGACAGUCGACUCUGGCAUGCGGUGCCGCCGAAUCGUAGCGACAAACCGCGUGUUGCAGUCAUUGUCCGCUAUGCGCCAUGGUGGCUUAAUCUGAAUCCUACACAGGCUGGAAAUCCGGAACACACCCAAAUGGUGAUCGAGACGGACGGAAAAAAUUACGAUUCUCCCCUCAUACGAUCAGAGGUAUACGAGUCACUGCCUGAUAAUGUAAAACCGUUGUACCGGCAUUGGGUGGAAACAUAG